CUCCGUGCGCUGGGGACGCCUGAUUACCUGAUGCCUGUACCCAGCCUGAUGCCUGUACGCAGCCUGAUGCCUGUACUCAGCCUGAUGCCUGUACUCAGCCUGAUGCCUCCUGAUGCCUCUACCCAGCAUGAUGAACUGAUCCAGCCUGACGAUCCUAUUAGCCAGUUGACUCGAUGCCCGCUGUUGAUCCAGAUGAUCCGGUACCUGAUCCGGUGCCCGCUGUCGUGCCAAUUGACUCAGAGCCCGCUGUCGUAUCUGGUGACUCGGUGCCCACUGCCUUGCCAGAUGACGCGGUGCCCGCUGGCGAGCCAAAUGACCUGAUGCCUGGUGACCCAGUGCCCGCUGUCAUACCUGGUGACCCGAUGCCCGCUGUCGAGCCAGACAAUCCGGUACCUGAUGACCCGGUGCCCGCUGUCGUGCCAAUUGACUCAGAGCCCACUGUCGUGCCUGGUGACUUGGUGCCCAC